AAUAAGAAAAACCCAGAAUUCUGAUUCGAAGAAGGGGAAACAGACAUAAAUGCUAUUGCUGCAAUCUGCUUCUGUUAUAUGUCAUUCUUCAAUGUUAGUGAGAACAUCUUUAGAUUAACAAGUGAAUUAAAAGUGUGUCUUGGUCAUUUAUUCCAAGACCAGUCUAAAUAUGGCAAUGAAAAGGAUAAUUAUCUUAUCCAUUUUAUUUACACAAUCAUUAUGUGCACCCAGUGGUUGCAUAGAAAGCUGUACUACUACUUAUCGAAAAGUCAAUUCUUAUAGAACUCAUCAAGUAUCUAGUAAUCUUAAUGAUCAUGCAGAUUUGGUAACAGAUUCAAAUAUAAGAAACAUAAAUCAUUUAAAUCUUGAUUACAAUAGACCUGGUAACUGGACAGAACAAAAUGAAUAUAAAACUGAUGGUGGUCAUGGUAAAGUUUACGAAGAGCAAGGACAAUAUGUUGAAGGUUCAAAGCGUGUAAGAUAUUUUAAAAAGAAUUAUACUUCUUCAUAUACUAAUACUCAUGUAAAUAAUCCAGAUUUAAUACAGUCAGAAAGAUUAAUCAAUCAAAACAGAUACAAUUCUAUGCAUAAUACGGACAGUCAAAGAAUAUAUGAGCAAUCAAGAAAUUCAGAAUCAUAUAAACAAGAACAUAAUUAUAAUAAAUUACAUAAUGAUAAAUUACAACAAUCAUACAGAGGAAGAGAAAGUCAUAAUGGAAGACAUGAGAUUUUUGGAGAAUUAAGUGAUAAUUUACAAGUGAAUCAACAUGGAAUGUCUGGUGGUAAUUCAGAAUUGUUACAAGGUCAAAAUCGACACAUUGAAAUAAGACCUGGCAAUUGGUCUCAAGUUAAUACAUAUAAAACUGAUGGAGGACAUGGACGUGUUUUUGAAGAGGAGGGACAAUAUGUUACUGGUCCAAAAACAACUCGUUAUUACCAACAAAAUUAUACUUCUCAAUAUAGUACAAGCACCAAUCCUAAACAUGAGAUUGCUUCAAAUAUACAUGAUUUGCAAAAUACAAUACAAAAAGUAAAUCAGGAAUUCAAAAAUCUGGAAACAGAAAUUCAUCGAUCAUCUCAUUCCAAACAUAUGGCAUCAAGUAACACUUUGCAUACAGGUACCAUCAAUUUAAUUCAAGACAAUGUAACACCUAGUUAUAAAAAUAAUGAUCUACAAGUUGCUGAAAGUGCUGAUUAUAGACAUAGAGAUCAAAAUGAGUAUAUGCCUACUAUUGGAAUAAUAUAUAAUGUACCUCAAAAUCAAUUGCCAAACAGACAAACUCUUACUGCUGAGGAUGCAUUAUACAGAAAUCAAGACAAUAUAUAUAAUAGAAAUAUACCAAAUAUUCAACACCAAAGAGAAGAAACAUAUAUUUCUCAAUCUCAUACAAAUGUUUUACCCAGUCAUAUUCAACCUCAAAUUAGUGAAAAUAGUAAUUAUCAAAGACACAGGAAUAAUGAACAGAUUGGACUACAACAAAAGAUCAAUGAGGAUUAUCAAAGAGAACAUUUUGAUACACGCCAAUCACAAAUGAGACAAAAUUAUCAAUCUGUAGAUAAUGUACAACAUAGUAGAUUGAAUGAAAACAUUGAUAAUUAUCCAUAUACAAGAGAUCAAAGAAUACAACAUCAACAAGAUUGGGAUGCUAUGGGACAAAGAAGUGAAAUUGUUAAUACUAAUCCAUAUGACAGAAAUCAUUAUUCUUCACAUCACAGAAGUAGGGCAUACAACAUGGAAGUUGUUCGUACAGUAGGUGAAAAUUACAAUCCUGGCUAUACAGCACAUUCACAACAAGUAGUUACUGGCACACAUGGCAUUGAUCCAGGAAUGCAAUAUGAAGAUUGUACUCAUGAAAUGGAGCAAAGUCAACAUAGAUAUAACAGAAAAUAUAAACGUAAUGCAGACUAUCAUCGACAUAGUGACAGUCAGCAACAACAGCAAUAUGGGAGAUUUCCAAAAAAUCUAAAACAUCAACCAGAAAAACUGGCAUAUAGUGAUAAUGAACUUCAAUUGUUACAACAACAAAAUCAAGAUUUAACUCAACAGAGUGAAGACUUGACACAACAAACAAGUGGAUUUGAUGACUUAACACAACAAACUUCAGGACAUUUAGAGUUUGGACAACAGACACAGAAUCAUGGAUAUCCUAGUAGUCAAAAAUAUGAAGAUUUGACUCAACAAAACGAAGAUUUAACUCAACAAACAGGUGGAUUUGAUGAUUUAACACAACAGACAUCGGGACAUUUGGAAAUUGGACAACAGACACAGAAUCACAGAUAUCCCAGUAGUUUAAAUCAAAAAUAUGAAGAUCUAACUCAACAGAGUGACGAUCUAACUCAACAGAGUGACGAUCUAACUCAACAAACAGGUGGAUUUGAUGAUUUAACGCAACAAACUUCAGGACAUUUAGAAUUCGGCCAACAGACACAACAGGUACAGAAUCAUAGAAAUCGCAGUAGACAUAAUCAACGUAUUGAAGAUUUAACUCAACAGAGUGAUGAUCUAACUCAACAAACAGGAGGAUUUGAUGAUUUAACACAACAAACUUCGGGAAAUUUGGAAUUUGGACAGCAGACACAACAGGUACAGAAUCAUAGAAAUCGCAGUAGACAUAAUCAACGUAUUGAAGAUUUAACUCAACAGAGUGAUGAUCUAACUCAACAAACAGGAGGAUUUGAUGAUUUAACACAACAGACUUCGGGAAAUUUAGAAUUUGGACAGCAGACACAAAAUCACAGAAAUCCGAAUAGUUUAAGUCAAAAAUAUGAAGAUUUAACUCAACAAACAGGUGGAUUUGACGAUUUAACACAACAAACUUCAGGGCAUUUAGAAUUCGGCCAACAGACACAACAGAUACAGAAUCAUAGAAAUCGCAGUAGACAUAAUCAACGUAUUGAAGAUUUAACUCAACAGAGUGAUGAUCUAACUCAACAAACAGGUGGAUUUGAUGAUUUAACACAACAGACUUCGGGAAAUUUGGAAUUUGGACAGCAGACACAACAGGUACAGAAUCAUAGAAAUCGCAGUAGACAUAAUCAACGUAUUGAAGAUUUAACUCAACAGAGUGAUGAUCUAACUCAACAAACAGGUGGAUUUGAUGAUUUAACACAACAGACUUCGGGAAAUUUGGAAUUUGGACAGCAGACACAAAAUCACAGAAAUCCGAAUAGUUUAAGUCAAAAAUAUGAAGAUUUAACUCAACAAACGGGUGGAUUUGACGAUUUAACACAACAAACUUCAGGGCAUUUAGAAUUCGGCCAACAGACACAACAGAUACAGAAUCAUAGAAAUCGCAGUAGACAUAAUCAACGUAUUGAAGAUUUAACUCAACAGAGUGAUGAUUUAACUCAACAAACAGGUGGUUUUGACGAUUUAACACAACAGACUUCAGGACAUUUAGAAUUUGGGCAGCAGACACAGAAUCACAGAAAUCCAAGUAGUUUAAGUCAAAAGCAUGAAGAUUUAACUCAACAAACAGGUGGAUUUGAUGAUUUAACGCAACAAACAUCAGGACAUUUAGAAUUUGGACAACAGACACAGAAUCACAGAUACCCCAGUAAUUCAAAUCAAAAAUAUGAAGAUUUAACUCAACAGAGUGAUGAUCUAACUCAACAAACAGAUGGAUUUGAUGAUUUAACGCAACAAACUUCGGGACAUUUAGAAUUUGGGCAACAGACACAACAGACACAGAAUCGCAGAAAUCGCAGUAGACAUAAUCAACAUAUUGAAGAUUUAACUCAACAGAGUGAUGAUCUUACUCAACAAACAGGUGGAUUUGAUGAUUUAACACAACAGUCUACGGGACAUUUGGAAUUUGGACAGCAUACACAGAAUCACAGAAAUCCGAAUAGUUUAAGUCAAAAAUAUGGAGAUCUAACUCAACAAACAGGUGGAUUUGAUGAUUCUACGGAACAAACUUCAGGACAUUUAGAACUCUGGCAACAGACACAAGAGGUACAGAAUCAUAGAAAUCGCAAUAGAGAUAAUCAACAUACAGAUGAUUUAACACAACAGACCUCGGGACAUUUAGAAUUUGGUCAGCAACAUCAAAAACCAAGUAGUCAUAAUAAGCGUUUUGAAGAUUUUACUGAUUGGAGUAAUAAUCCAACUCAAACAAGUGAAUUUGAUGAUUUAAUACAACAAACAUUUGGACAUUUAAAAUUUGGAAAACAGUUACAGAAUCAAAGAUAUUCUACCAGUCAUAAUCAGCAAUUUACAAGUGAACAAUAUUUUCAUCCAAGUGUAUCUGGAACUGGAGAACAAUCGGAUCUGAAUGAAAAUAAACCUUUACAUUUACUGACACCAGCACCAAAACCGAAAUGGAAACCAAGAUAUACAACUUCUAAUCAAUUCACAACUGAUAUCAAUAAAGAAUCAAAUGUACAUAUUCAUCAUUCAAGUGAUGUUGCUGAUACAACUAUUUCAUAUCAAGUAUCAGAUGAUUCAAAAUCUAAUCAAGAAAUUGAAAGAAAUAAUGAGUUUAACUCUGGAAAUCUUCAAUCUUCAAAUCAGCAAGAAGUCUCAAAUCAGCCAAAUAUUCAAACAGUCGAUAAAGAUGGAAGUCAGCAACAUCAACAACAAAAUUUCCACAAAAGAAUUGGGUUCACUAAAGGCGGACAUAGAUUUAGACAUAUUUAUAGACAAUCAACACAAAGUGAAUAUCAAAAUAAUUAUGGAGAACCUCAAUCUCAAUUAAAUCAAGAUCCUAAUCGAAAAGAAAUAUAUAAGAAAGAAAAUCAAAACAAUAAUCAAGAGAAUGUCCCUUCUCAAAACAAUAAUCCAGGUGGUAAAAUAGAACCACGUAUUUUAGUAGCAUAUGGUGGUGGCCCAUAUGAUGCUAAUCAUAGUGAUGAUAUUUUUAAUCAUGUAACACAAAAUCCUAGUGCUACGUUACCUCCUUAUUCAGAUGGUGUAGAUUCAUGGGAUAUUAGAGAGAAACCAAGAGAAGUAAUUCCUCUGUCCACUACGACAACAGUAAUACCAGAAAUACCAGAAACACCAGAAAUAACAGAAAAAGUUGAUACCGAAGCUCCACCAACAUUCUGGACAAGACUUGGUUUUAAAUUUACAACUACCUUUGAUAAAGCAAAAGAAAGAGCUAAAUAUUUGUUCGGUUAAAUAUAAUUUUUUAAUUUAAUUCAUUUUUAAUCAAUAUUCUAUAAAGAAUUAUAAUAUAUAUGUUUAUUUACCACAAAUAAUAUAUUCAAUUUGUAUAUAAGCUCAAAUAAUAUCAAUAUUCAAUUUAUGAUAUUAUAAUCUAAGCAUUUUCACAAAUUAAUCAUAUAAUUUAGUAUUAUAAAUCUAUAAAGCAUAAUGUAUUAAAAUAAAUAUAAAAUUAUGAUGCA